CCCCGCACAGCCCAUUUACACACGCUCAGAUUUUGGCGGCUGAAUGGGCGGCGGCGGUGGUGGUGGGAGUAAUAGCAGCAGCAGCGAGGAUGACGGAGACGCCGAUUGGAGAGCCGCCAUAGAUUCCGUGGCCGCCACGACCACCGACGGUCUUGCCUCUACCUCCAAUGGUUCCACAACGAAAUCAACUGGCCACGACGAAGACAAUGAAGUAACCAAUCACAAACCUCAAAAGCUUAAGCAUUACCAGAUCAAGGCACAAAAGCUUUUGGAUGACAUCUUAGAGAAGACCAUAGAAAUAGUGCAAGAACCCAUUCAUGUCCUGGAUGAUGACCCCAUGAUUAAUGACAAUGGAGUUCGACUGUUUAAACAUGCUCCCCCUGGGAUAGUGUUUGAUCACAGAGGUGAACUUCAGCGACCAACAAAAAAACCAAGAAUCCUUCCUGGUAGAAAGAUUGACGAGAACUCAAAGACGUUCAAAAGUCAACUCCAAUCUGUUGCUGUUGAUGGGACAGAUAUAAUAGCUGCAGCAAGAGAUGCAUACCAGAAAUCAUUAGCUAAACUAGAAGCUAAAGAUGCAGCAGCAAAGGCAGCGGCCAAAAGAGAGGAAGAAAGAGUGGCACAACUGAAAAAAAUUAGGGGGGAGAGAUGGCUACCUUCAAUUGCAAGAGAAAUGCGGGUAAAAUUUAAAGGUUGUUAAUAUAUACUUGGCUGGAAUUUUGAUGUUCUUGUAGUUGUUUCUCAUCCAAUAACCCUUCACCAGUUGCCAUUGUUUCAUCUUUUUGAUUGAUUGCUGUGCUCCAAACUAGUUGUCAGUUACAGUCAUCUGAUCCUUAA